GGUAACGGCGGAACGGUAACGGCAGAACGGCCUGGCCGCUCAGGGCAUGAGCGCUUUCCUUCCCUCCCUCCUUCCCUCGUUCCCUCCCUCCCUCCCUCCUUCCUUCCCUCCUUCUCUACCUCCUUCCUUCCCUCCUUUCCUCCUUCUCUACCUCCUUCCUUCCCUCCUUCUCUACCUCCUUCACUCCUUCUUUCCCUCCUUCCCUCCCUCCCUCCUUCCUCCUUCCUUCCCUCCUUCCUUCCUUCCUUCCCUCUUUCCCUCCCUCCCUCCUUCCUUUCCUCCUUCCUUUCCUCAUUCCUUCCCUCCUUCCCUCCUUCCCUCCUUCCCUCCCUCCGGAGCAGGCACACCGAGCCUCGGGGCAACAGCACUGAAACGCAGCCUUAGGGGCCGUGAGGGAAUUUUUAUCCAAGCGGAGGGUCAUGUAAGAACAAAAGACAAAAGGAAAACACACAUAAACCUCCUUUCUCUACUGAAGCUGCCAUUAGGUUCAGUGUUCCAGCUUGGAAGUCCCUAAUAUAUUUUGGCUUGUGAAAAUGGAUUAAGAACAUGUUCUUUAAGUGUAGGAGAGAGAGAAGUUUCCUGAGAUGUGAUACCCUUCAUGGAAACAAGUAUCAAGAAAAAGAAUGUGAACAAAACGUGUAGUAUUCUAUCAAGUGCUGAAGAAGCCCCUAUUACUACGUCUAGCACCUUGGCUUUACAGCAAGUUUCACCAUCUAAUGUGCCAGAUCUUCCCAGAAUUUUUCCCAAAGUACAUCUAGAAGCUGCAUCCCAGAAAAGGUGACCAGGCACUGCAAUAGUAUCACAAGGGUCAAAUUCUUCAGCCAUGUCUCAAACACCCUACUCAAGAAGACCUCCCUUCAAGAUAUGCUAUAUCUGUGGCAGAGAAUUUGGGUCACGUUCUAUUGCUAUACACGAACCUCAGUGCCUGCAGAGGUGGCAUAUUGAGAACAAUCAGCUACCAAAGCACCUUAGAAGACCAGAGCCCCGGAAACCUGAGGUCCUUACUGGUUCUGGUUCCUAUACAAUUGCAGAUGAAAAUGAAGCAGCUUAUUAUAGUGCUCAAGCCCAGUUUGUGCCCUGUAGAAACUGUGGCCGAACCUUUUUUCCCGACCGUCUCCCAGUGCAUGAAAGGUGCUGCAAAGGAGGUAGCAGUGGUGCAAGGCUACCAAGAUCUGGAACUGGCUCAGCACGUGGUGAUCCAUCUAAGGCCCAUCAGGGAGCAAGCAGGGGUGCACCAGCUCUGUCAGACCAGGAAAAAGUGGUAAGACGGCCACCAACAGUGAUUUGCUACAUAUGUGGCCGUGAGUAUGGAACCAAGUCUAUUAGUAUACAUGAGCCACAAUGCCUGAAAAAAUGGCACCGAGAGAAUGACAACCUCCCCAAGCACCUGAGAAGGCCAGAACCCAGAAAGCCUGAAGUCAGACCCGUGCAAGCCAAAGGCUUCUAUGAUCUUGAUGCUUUAAAUGAGGCUGCCUGGACCAGCGCCCAAGCCCAGCUAGUUCCAUGUGAUAUUUGUGGGCGUACUUUUCUUCCAGACAGACUGAUCGUCCACCAGAGGUCCUGUAAACCAAAACCUGCAAAGUGAAGUGGAUGUAACACACACGCAUACAAAUGCAUGUCUGCUCACACAUACACAGACACACACACAUUUGUCCUAAGCUAAAUAAAGUGUGUGUGUGUGUGUGUGUGUUUGUGUGUGUAUGCAUGCGCGUACAUGAAUACACACAGAUGCACCCGCACCUUUCAGACACGCCAUGAGAGAAAUAAAAUUCACCUGGAGAGGCAUGGUCACCAAAACUUUAUUGUAUAAUGAUAUCAUCUGCUCCAGAAGUCUCCAGAGUAAAAAUCAGCAGUUGCUACUAAAGCGUGAAGUCAAGUACAGAAAACUAAUUCUUUG